AUGAAUGUGACUCUGGCCCCCAAGCCUCAGUUGGAGAGGAAUGAGGAGGUGGUACACGACUCUGAUUUUAGCUACUGGCUGUGUAGCUUUGGUAUUGGUGCCCUUGUGGGCCUGUCCAUAGCAGCGGUGGUCCUCCUGGCCUUCAUUGUCACUGCCUGUGUGCUUUGUUACCUGUUCAUCAGCUCAAAGCCUCACACAAAGUUGGACCCAGGCUUAAGCUUACGGACUACAGAACCGGAGGAGAUGUCCCCUGUCCACCAAGAUGGGAAUACAGGCAAGUCGGUGGAAGUGCCAGGAGUGAGCCCUCAAGGGCAGAGUCACCCCUUCCUGAACCCACAGCUGGACUGCAAUGAGGAGCAGGCUGUGGACCGCAAACACCUCUUCCAGUACUGCUUCAUGGCCACAGUGACCACCAGUGACAUUCCAGGCAGCCCUGAGGAGGCCCCUGUCCCCAAUCUAAUCUUACAUGGACCAGUCCCGUAGACAUUCAAUAAAUGUCUCUAUACCA